CACAAUUUAUACACAUGUAGGUCAUAGAAAAGAUGGCUUAGCGCUCCUAGAUUUUAAGUGUGAGAAAAUAUAUAUUUUUAAAAUUUAAAUGGCCUUCAGUGAUUUAUGUCAAAUAAGUAAUGCGUUCAAAGCCGUCGAAAAUGAAGUUGAUCAGUCGGACCGUAUCAUGGAAGAAAACUCGUUGGUACGGGAUCUCAUCGCCAAGAUCUUGGACGAGACGGAGGGGAAUAGCUGUGUUCCCUCACCAGAUAAACCUACCAGCAGCUUACCAACAAAUAUAAGUCAGUUUCCAAAAAAUGAUAAUGGAACAUAUCUAGAAACACCCUACAACUACAACAACAAUCUCUAUAACUUCAAUCAGAACGAUAAUGGUCUUUACAAUAUCCAGAACGGCUUUAAUUCCAACGGUUUUGUCAAUUAUUCCGACAACGAGGUAAAUUCUCUGCUAGGAGUAGACCCGAUAACGGAUACUGAUGCCGUUACUCCCGAGCAGUUGAACCUGCUACGGCUGGCUGCCCAGGAAAUCGGUGGGGCGCAAUUCACCAGCCCAAAUAAAUAUGACGAGAAAUUUUACAAUUUCUUCGAGCCAAACCAAAGAAAUUCGCUUCCAGACUCAAACGUAUUCUCAAAUAAUUACAACAGACCCAACAGUCUGAGUCUCGAUUUGAAUUACAACACUAAUUACGACACACCUUUCAACGCUCAGAGGUUCCCUAGCAACGGUUUCCUCAAAGACCAACCGGAUUCCACCUCAGAUUUGCUAACUUACCUCAAUCAGAUGAGUAUAUCCGGCGACAGACCGAGGGACGACAUAUUGCUCAACGAUUUCAAAAUGCCCGACGGAAACAGUUCGUUCCAAAGCGACGAAUACAAAAUGCAAGAUGAUAGGAACAAAAUGUUCUACAACAACAGGAACUUCCAAACACCGAAUAAGAAUUUCAAUAGCGAUUUCUUCCUGAACGACGUCGUGCCCAUGCCGGAUAGAAAUAUGAAUCGGAACUACGAUUUCUCGAACCAAUCUGUCUCUGGUAUGGGCUUCAAGCCGAACGGGUUCCAUCCGCAGAACGAGUUCGUCCAAAGGCGAGAAGUCAGUCAAAUGCUGCCGCGCGAGAGUUACCAGGGUAAUGGUAACGGUGAAAGGGUUAAUUUCGAUGUUGGUAGAGAGAACGCCCAACAGAAUCUAUUGAGGCAGCAGGAAAUAGCGAGACAAAUGAAUAUCAUCAUGAGGAACCGCCCACCGCCGAACCCUUUGAACGUGGACGUGUCUUUCAUACACGAACCACCGUUUAAUCUUGGUAUCGGAACGCUCCUCGGACCGUCACCGCCCGUCGCCCCUCCAGUAUUACAAUCCCCUCUCCUGGACAUGCCGUUACUGGCGCCAUUCUACGCCAUGAGAAACAUCAGGAACACAGCACCGUCCUCGAGUAUACUUCACGCUAGACUGGACGCGUGUUACGAGCAAUGGCGGCAGUUGGAGAGGGAGCGGAAACGGACGGAAGCCCGUCUGGCGUUGGCGUAUCCUGGGCGGGCGGUUUCCUCGUCUAACUCAAUACCAGUCCCACGCCUGCCGCCCUGCCCUACGCGCGUCGAUAGACUCACCGUGGACAUGCUGCGAGAGCAUACUAAGGUGUUAACACUGAUGGGCAAAAUGGAGACUCUUCGUGCUAGUGUCUGUGUUGCGCAGAACAAACGACCAAAUAAACCGGACGAAAAUAAGAUAACUGUGUUGAAGAGGGGUCAGGAUAACGUUACGGAUAAAGAGGACAACUUCGAUCCGGCCACAUGGCGGGAUGAUGUACGGAAUCUGUCGGAAAUUGCACCCCAUAGUGAAGUUGAAAGCGCAAUGCUAGCGUGGCGUAACGCCGUAGCGGCUGUCCAAGCGGCGAGGCGCAGAGAGGUGAACAUAGCACACCUCAGAUACCCCAGGAACGACAGGGACCGCGAUCCUAUUCUCCAACUAUCUGAUGCCGUGAAGCAGUUGUGUGUGUGCGCAAGACGAGCUCGCUGUGCUAUGUGGUGUGACCUCACACUCACUGUGGCUUUGGCACCCCACUCUGCACUACAAAGUGAACAUUCUCCUACCAUACCAGCACCUUCAACAUCGUCACCUAAGCAAUCAUCACAGGAGAUUCCAACAACAUCCGCCUCAAGUAAACCAGUUACUAAUGAACAGAGUGAGGAUAAACAAGAAACACAGCCCACCGAAGAUCAAAAAGACGAUAAGAACAAGACCAAUGACAAAGAUAAAAACCUACGUCGCACACAAAACUAUAGGAAAUUGAAUCACAGGAAUGAUUUCUAUAAGAACCAAAGGUACGACAACAGAUUCGUUAACAAACACCCAUAUCACUACCUGGCUGGAUCUAUAAAUUAAAAAAAAAGGUCAAUUCAUUCAAAGGAGGUUGCAUUUCCAACUGUCAUACAAAAAAAAAAAAACAAAACAAAACUGCAAUGAAUCAAUGUGAUUUUAAAAAUGGAAUACAAAAUCCGCACUUUUAUUGGUAGAUAAAAUGAAGCCUUCCCAUUGGUCGGAUCACUUGACAGUUGGUAAUGCAUCAUCACAGAUAAAUACUGACAAUUAUAUGGAAUUGUUAUUGUAUACUAUGACAACUGUAAUUUUCUAUUACUGUAUUAUUUAUAAUUUCAAACACUGAUAUUAUUAAGUACUGGUAUUAAUUUAUAAUUGAAUCUAUGGUUUUGGAGUUCCUGAAUCAUAUGCGACAUCGACUCGGAUUUUCUAACAGAUGUGGUUAUGAAUAAAAAUUGGCUGCAUUCCAUUUAAGACUAAAAUACACUGUGAUGUUAAAAUCCUCUGAAUAUUUCACUGCUAUAAUAUUUUUUUAUGCUGUCUUUUAAAAAAAAGUUUUAUACUUCUUUACAUUCACCCCCACUGGACAAUAUGACGCAGCCAAUUUUUAUAUUGAUCUUUCUGACGCAUUUAAAUACGAAAUUUAUAUGACACGAAUAUUUUAUAGACGACAUACAAACUGACGUUAUAAUUUUUUUUUCUUUCGUAUUAUAUGAAGUCGCGUACAAGGCUAUUACAAUGGAUUGUUGCAAUCCAAUGAUCAUAUCAGCACUUUUUUUGAAAAUUUAAUAGCAUGCAUUUACUUGGUAUAUAAAAAAAAGUGUUUUUCAGGUAUGUAAGACCACUUAGUAUAGAGAUGUUUUAUCGCUUGGCUGUCGUUUGGCUGGUUCGGAAUUUACUUGCCAAAAAACUUGGUGUGAUCGAAAUAUUAUAAUACGUUAUUUAGUAGAGAUGUUUAUUUACAAAAAUUAUCUUGUUUCGUUGGCAUCGACAUGGUAGGUUUUUAUUAUUGAUUAUAUCAGAGUCAAAUUUUGAUUCUGAUUUCGUUAAUAUUAAUAUUAAAUAAUAUAGUUAUGCUUAUAUUCUAAUAUACCAAGCUCUUUAUUAUUAUUAUUUCUCUAUAUCCAUUGUUGCACACAUUAAAAUGUGUUAGUAAAAUUUAUACAUGGUGUUUAUUAGAUAAGCCAAAAAAAAAAUAUUUCGUUCACACUAAAAAAAUAUAUGUGAUGUUGAUGAAACUAGUUGACUCUAUUUUAUUAUCAGAAUUAAAUAUUAAAAAAAAAAGUAUAAUAAUAAUAUGAAGUUGAAAACUAGUAGAAUAAGUGUAGCACGUAUUUAUUUAAAAGGUUUUGAUGAAUUUGUAGUCAUAGGGAAUUGAACGCUCACGGUGUUAUACAGGAUGUUCUUUUUAAUGAAAUUGUUUUUUUUUUUUUCGUUGAAUGUCCUAUCAAUAAGCCAUAAGUCUUCGAACUGCUUCACAAACGCUUUAAUUAAUUAAUUUAUAUAUAUAUAUAUAUAUACAUAUAUAUAAACGGUGCACAAAGUAAUCCAAGGAUGUAUUAACCAAAAUAGAAUUAUCUUCCGUUAGUUCAUAUUAGUGUUAGUGUGAUUAUUUUUUGUUGCCCUCAUGCAUUUCUUUCGGAUGUACAAAAUUUUUAAUGAAUUGAAGUUAUGUUAUCAUUUUGUUUUUGUAGAUUAUUAUUAUUAUUAUUUUUUAUUUAUUUCGGAAUGUCGGUGGAGGGUUGGUGCGAAGGUUAUGCUUUCACGUAGUGUGACGUAGGUGUUAGUGAUAGACCUUUUUCGAUGUGAUUUUCGAUGUUAGUUGUAAGUGGUUACCGAUAGCCCAGCCCAGUGUUAGUACAAUGAUGCAAAUAGCAUAGUUAAGCACAACCUAGUUUCUUAGCUAAUUGUAGUUAGUUUAAAUGUAUUUCUUGUUAUUUUUUUUUUAUUUUCGGACGUUUAUCGGAUCUUCAGUUGAAAUGUUGCCAUAUAGUAACUAUUUACCUCAAAAUCCUUCUAACGCUUACCCGUUUUUAAGAUAUAUGAUGUUGUUAUGAAUUUUGCGAAAUUUAAUAAGACUUUGUUUGUUUCGGAAGCGAUUUUUUUUAGGGUAGUCUCACACCGAGUGACAGUAAAAUUUGAUUUUCAUUAAGUAUGAAGAAAAUGCUAUAUUUUUUAUAUUGUAUGCUACUAAUAUUAGAACCCGCUUAACCAAAUUAAAUUACUAUAGUAUUAAAAUUAUAAAAAAAAUUCGCUUUCGAUGUGACCAAAGCGUAUAUUGUUGACGAAUCAUUAUUUAUUUUUAUUAUAAUUCCACAGAUUAUAUUCUUCAUUUUAUUUUUGUAGAUAAUCUAUACAGUUGUGAUGGCUAUGAGGUUUCGCUUUCGGAGCGAUUGGCGCGCGAGAUUGAAAAAAAAAAAUUAGAAAAAAUUUUUUGAUUAGUAUAAUUGCUCACUGUUGCUCCAAAAAUUGUGCAAAUUAUAUUCUAGUUGUCGCCGCUCGCCCGCCAAUUGACUUUAACCCAUAUUGCUUUAACUCAAAUGAUCCUUCCGUCCAGGCAUAGACUAAGCUUUUGGUAUUUUUUUUCCAUCUGGCAUAGACGAAGACGUGAAAAUUUUACGAACGAAAAACCACUACGCAGCUAAUCAAUACUUUUUUGGUAGACAUUAAAUGUAUAUUUUAUUAUAAUUUAUUACGGUUAUUGCGAAAAAAUACGAUACAAUUACAAAAAAAAAAAAAAAAAUAGCAAAAUAAAUUCACGUCAAGUCUUUGUCAGCAUUCAAACCGCUUUUUAUCAAAAUAUUCUCAACGGUCUUAAGUCCUUUACAAAACGCAAAAAUCUCAAUAUAACGACCAACGCUUAACAGCAUAUCUUUAUAAGUAUCGUGUGAUAGAACUUAUUGUAAUGUUUAGUGCAUUACGUGUUUACCAAAACUAUUCAGUACUUAAUACCAAUAAAGGAACGCUUAUAAGAAAAAUUCCUAUGAAAAAAGAAAAAAAUAUUCGUCCUAAAAAUAUGUAUUUUAUCGGACUCUUUCUGAGACUAAUUUGUCUAUGGCGUUUAUUGGGCCCAUGGAAUUGAUGACGUCAUGGGGAUUUUUGAGCCGUUUCGAUGCUCAAUUUUGAAGUUAUAUAUUUUUUUUUUGUUCUUUUUUUUUUGUAUGGAAAUGUUAUAGAAGUGCUAUACACCACAUACCUAAGAAAAUUAAUGAACGCUAGAUGUGUUAUUAGGUAGACGAAUUUCUAUGGAUGUAUUUAUUUAAUACAUAGUUAUACGCGUGUCGUACAAAAUGAAAAAAAAAAAUAAAAAUAAAAAAAUAUUCUCGGCGUGUUUAAACGUAGCAAGACUGGAAUUAGUUAUUUUUAUUCGGCUGUCAUUUUGUGUCCCGCCAUUUUAUUGUAUAAUCUAUGAUUCGUUUGUGAAUGUGGAUCCAAUGUUAGAGCUUUAUCGAAUUUGAUAAUAAUUUUACGAAAUGAAUAUUUAUAGAGGUGGAUGAUGUGAACAAAAAAAAAAAUAAUAGUGAUUAGCCGAAAUAUUCGUGGCUCUGUCUGUAUAGAUACAGCGAGGUAGUUGUGUUUUCUAUUGUACUGUAUUAAAGCUAGAUGUCUAGAUUAAUUGUUAGGUACUCGAUGGUCUAAUUGCUUAUUUGUCUAGAUUUUUUUUUAUGUAACACUAAUUAGCAUAAUACAUGGUGUCCUUUUGAAGUGACGGUUUCUAUUAUCUUGGCGAUGGUGGUUUUGCACAAAUUCUUUUUUUAUUAUUGAAAUUUAAAUAUUUCGGACGCUAAAGUGUUAUAUUUCUGGUUUAGUGUUAAGAUUGGACAAUAAGUGGUGGUUAUUUCUACCAUUUCAUUACUUAGUUUAAGUUUAACCAUUGUUUUUUUUUUCUAUACUUUUAAUAUGUUUUUGUCCAGCGGUUGUUUGGCUCGCGUCGUAUUUUUUUUUUGCUGAACGCCGUGAGUAUGUCAUGUUUUUUUUUUAUUGGAAUGGCAUCAUGAAUUUUUGAUACGUGUGGACCAAUCUGGUUUUUUUUUUUGUUGAUUUAAUUUUUUUUUUUGGGUAUUUUUUUUGUCGACGGUUAUGGAAAAAUACAGGAUUUAUUUUGCCAGUUCCUCUUAAAUGUAAGUGAGAAUAUCUAAAAGAAUAUUUUUAUAGUUGUAAGCGAGUGAAUUAAGUUUUUUUAUGACGUGCUGGGUACGGUUAGUUUUACGCACGUUAUAUUUUUCGGUACUAAAUCGUGUUAUCCUAGACGGAUAGCGGAAAUAUUACUCUGAUGCCGCGGGAUUUUAUUUCAUUCUACCCGCAAAAACCUCGACUAAUGAAUUUUUCACGCGUACAUUAUUAACUAAGGUUUUUCUUUUAUGGUGCUACACCCCUCGUUAUGGUAUAGUAAAUGUAUUGGGGACGCACGUAAUAUCGCUUUAAUAAUUUAAGUAUGUAAUCUCAUCUUAUAUAUUCUCUUGAAGAAAUUAUAUUUUUUAUAUAUUUUGCUACUACUGAAAAAAAAAUGAUGUUACAAAAUCGUAGGUAUGAACACUGUUAGAACUUAAAUUACCUCGUUGUUAUCGGACGAUUAUCACGUAAAGCUCUGUAUUUCGCUUGCACAUAUCCGAUUUUCUAAGCGUACAUCUAUUUCAUGUGUGACAUAAGCGUUCGUUAACAACGAGAAGCAUAAUUAUAAUGGCUUCUAUCGUCCCAAUAUGUUCUCACACACUGCCACUCGAAAGUUUAAACUACCCCCGUUAUAUAUAUUUUUAAUGUAUUAUUAUUUUAUAUGAUUCUUUCUUACGACAUACUGUUUGUUGACGCUUGUUAUGUAUAGUGACGUUAAAAACUCGCUAGUCCUAAUAAUUUGGAUCUGUCCGUUAUACGCUAGGUGUUUGUAUUGUUAAAACUGUCUGUGGUUGAAAUCGAAUUUUAUGAGCUUAUUAUAACUUAAUUCCAUGGUAUUUGGUGGCUGAUACUUUAUGUCGGUGGACCUAUAUACCGUGUUCAUUGUAUAAUAGCACUAUAUAGGAACUUCGAUAUAAAAGGUAUGUAACGUUAGCAUGAAAAUAUGUGCAAAAUAAAAACCAGUCGUGAUGCAAAACAAGCUAUCGCAUGGACCAAGGGAUAAUAUUAAGUGUAGCUCACAUCACCUUCUGACGGUACUUAGCAUUUUAAAUUGAUAUAAUAAUAAUAAUAAACAAAAAAAUAAAAAACAAAUAAAA